AUGCCUGCCUUAAGCCUCUUCGACCUCUCGAAGCAGCGCAUGAUCCAGAAUAUCCACAUGUUGACCGACAUUGGCGACCUGCCUUAUUCCUUCCUCGCUCCUGUCCUCCGGCAUAUCCAGAAUCCAGACCAACUGGCCGAGCUCGAAGGAAACUGCCCGCAAGUCCUCGGGGAAACAGGCGAUAUAUGGUUGCGUUUCAUCAAGCGGGACAUACCAAACUGGGACAAGAAGCCAUUCGAGCCCCGGGAUGCAAAGAACUGGAGCAAGGCAUACCGGAAGCUGAAGAGGGAUGCCGAGAAGGAGGAGGAAGCUCAGAAGGAAGCGCUCAAGCAGCAGAUGCAGGCUCUACAGAAGAAUCGAAUUGGACACCAAACCACGAUAGUCGAAGGCCGAACCGGAUAUGGUCCCAGCGCGCGUCGGAAAGGGUUCGCUUUUGGAGGAGCAGGCGCUAGUACUUCUUGGGGCAAUCCUGCUGCUCCAGCGAAGACCGGAAAAGCCGUCUUUGACAAGCUUAGGAGGGGUAUCUUCGACCAGAAGCAGGCUCGCCCCAAGGCUUCGCAGAUGCCUAUGCACAUGCUAGCUGAGAGGAGAGCCACGGUAAAGCAGGCUCCCGCUCGGUUGGUCAGGAUGCAGGAGAAUGAAGCACCAAAACGCAUGGUCAUCUCUAGAGAGGCCUCCGCGUCGCUUGCGAGAAGCAACAGUGUCCCAAGUUCCGCUAGCGGACCGAAGAUCACGUCAAGACCGGCACCGCAGACGACCGUGGCCACUGCGGAGAAGCCACGGCGAACGCAUUUGCCUGUUGGCCAGCAGUUCUCGGCGCCGAAGUUACAGCCUCAGCGGCCAGCUGGGGCGCCGGUGCCGAAAAGACGGCGAGAAGCGCCCAGUAUUUUUCACAACCCAAAGAGGAGGAAGGUGUAA